ACAUCAAUAGAAUUGGGUAUUUAAAAUAAGAAUUUUAAGAAUUCCGAUAUUAAUAUUAUAAUUAAAAGGUAAGGUUUGAUGCCUAGUGUUAUUCUAUAAAUUCGAGCACUUUUAGUGAAGAAUUUCACAUAAUCGUUUAGAAACAAGGAAUAUAUAUCAGAUUUAGCUUUGCCUUUAGUGACAGCAAUAAUAGUUUCUUUAAAAGAGUAAUUAGAGUUUUUAGGAUUUUUCGCUCCUUUAUUUUUAUCAAUAGCAGUAAGUACACCACCUAGAUCUUUACUAAUUAAUUUGGUUGAAGAGAAGAGUGAAAGAUUUAAAGAAUCAUAAAAGAUAAUGGGAAUGAAAUAAAGAUCUUAUUUAAUAGGAUGGAUUAUGUAUGGUUAUAUAAAAACAAUGAUAGUAAUAAAAUUAAUUAUAUUAAUUAGAGUACAAUAUUUUUAAUUUUCUUUUGGUGGUUAUUGACAUAAAUAAUAAAUGAUGGAGAUUAUGGAUUUAAGACAGAUUCAUAUAAAAUAUUCUUAACUUACUUUUUAUAUAGUAGUACAGUACUAAAUUUUUCAUUGGCUAUGUCUACAGUAUUUUCAAGUCCAAAAUUGGCUAAUGAAGUAUCAACAUUUGUGACAAUAUUAUCAAUUCUUCUAACAUUUUUAGUAUUUUUAGCUAGCAUAUAAAGGUAUUAAUAUUAUGUAAUGAAAAUAGUUCAUCUUUAUUUUAUUAUUGUAUGUCUAUAUUUCCAUAAUCAUCAAUAAGUUUUAUUUAUAUGGGUGCAUUAAGGAAAGGGUUUUUUAAUUCAAAAGUAAUAAGUGAAGCUUAUCCAUUAUCAGAUGCAGCAUUAUAAUUAGGAAUAGAAUCAUUUUUUUAUUUUAUUUUAUUUUUUUAUUUAGAUUAAGUAUUUCCAAAUGAAUAUGGAGUAGCAAAACAUCCAUUAUUUUUUUUAAAAGGAUUAUUUGGAGGAUAAAAGAAAAAUCAUAUAAAUGAUUCAUUAUUAGAUGAAGAUCAUCAACAUAAUUUAAAUGAAGAUUAAAGUAGUGCAAUAUAUCAUUAAAAAUUAAAUAUAUAAAAAAAAUGUACAGUUUAGAUUAGAAAUUUAACUAAGAAAUUUGGGGAAUUUAAAGCAGUUGAUAAUUUAUCAAUAAAAUUAUAUGAAUAAGAGAUUUUAUGUUUAUUAGGACAUAAUGGUGCUGGUAAGACUACGACAAUAAGUAUGUUAACAGGAAUGAUUUAAAAAAGUAAAGGAACAAUAGAAAUAAAUGGAAUAGAUUUAGAAGAGAAUAUAGAUGCAAUAAGAGAAAAUGUAGGUAUAUGUACAUAAAGAGAUGUUUUAUAUGUUUCUUUAAAGGUUAUAGAAAUGUUAAUUUUUAUGGGUAGAGUUAAAGGAUUAGAAGGAUUAGAUUUAUAAUAAGAAAUAAAUGAAAUUAUUGAAGUAACAGAAUUAGAAGAAGAUAGAAAUAAAUUAAUUAAAGAAUUAAGUGGAGGAAGCAAAAGAAAACUAUCAUUAGCAAUAGCGUUAAUUGGUGGAUCAUCAGUGAUAUUUUUAGAUGAACCUACAAGUGGAAUGGAUGCAUAAUCUAGAAGAGUUAUAUGGGAAAUUCUAUAAAAAGUCAGAUAAUAAAAUAGAACAAUGAUAUUAACAACACAUCAUUUAGAUGAAGCUGAAGUAUUAGCUGAUAGAAUUACUAUUAUGGCAGCUGGAAAAUUACUAGCUUGUGGAAAAUGUGAUUAUAUUAAAACUAAUUUUGGAGAAGGUUAUCAUUUAUCUAUCACUAGUCAAAAUUAAUAAAUAUUAUAACAAUGUUCAGAUUAAACUUUAACCAUUAUAUAAGAAGCUUAACUUGAUCCAUAAUCUUAAUCUGAUACUAGAAUAUUCUUAAUACCUUUUAAAUGCAAACCUAAACUUGAUUAAUUAAUUGAAACUAUUACUAAAUAAUACUAAAAUAAUAUUGUUAUUAAUUUAAAACUUAAUUCUUUAGAAGAUGCUUUUAUUAAUAUUGGAAUGGAUGAAGAAAAAUUCAUCAAAAAAGCUAAAGGUAGUAAAGCAAGUGUAAAUGAUAGUCAAAUUGCCAUGGAAUAAGAAGUUGAAUAAUAAAGAGAUAUUAAAAUACCUAAAUGUUUAAAUAAUCCACCUAUAUAUUCAUUCUAAUCAUAAUUCACUGCUAUAUUUUUGAGGAAAUUCUACACAACAUCAAGAACUUUUAGUAAUUAUAUUUCUAUUAUUAUUCCAUUCACUUUAAUAGUUAUUGGAACUUUAAUCAUUGAUGAAAUCAACCUUGAUUUUCUUAAAAAUAAUAAAAAUCUUGAAUAAUAUUUUAAAUUGGUGCUUAUUUCACUCUUCGUUAUUCUAGCAUUUUGUUUCAAUUCUUCUUUAUUUAUUACCUUACCAGUACUAGAAAGAGAAUUUAAUCUUAAAUAUGCAUUAACUGUUAUGGGAUGUAGAGUACUACCUUAUUGGAUAGGUACAUAUGCAUUUGACUUUUUGCUUUACUCCUUUUUUGUGAUAACAUUUGUAAUAUUUAGUUACAUAAUGAAUUUGGCUUUUGUAACAGAUCAUAUGGGAUAUGUUGUAUUAUCAUUUGUUACAUUUGGUUUUGCCUAUAUAUCAUUCUCAUACUUUGCUGGUAUUUUAAUGUAUAAGAAAACUUCAACAGCAAUGAAGACAUUCCCAUUUUUGAACUUUUUCAUUGUAUAUUGCAUGCCUUAGAAUUUUUGGGGAAUAUGCGCAUUAUUAUGGUAAAAGGGAAUAGGAAAUAAAGAUGUGAUAGAAUUUAUGAUAAAAGCAGUAGAAUGUAUAUUUUCAUUUUUAAGUCCAUUUUUUUCAUUUUAAAGAGCUUUUUAGAAUAUUAUAAAGAUAGAUAUAAAUCCUAAUAGUCAACAACCACCUCCUUUAACAAUAGAAUCGUUAUAUUAUUCAAUUGCAAUGUUUUAUUAAGGAGUAUUCUUCUUUUUCCUUACACUUUAUUUAGAAGAGAAAUAAUUUAAGAUAAUAGGGAAUAAUUUAGAGAAUGAUAAUGUUAAAAGAAGUGUUAGAGUAGAUCAAUAAGUAAUAGAUUAAGAAUAAUUAAUAUUAAAAUAAAAUGAUCCUGUAAAAAUGUAUAAGUUAUAGAAAGUAUAUGAAAAUGGAUGUGUAGCUCUUUAAAAUGUAAGUAUUUCAAUAUAGAAACAGAAAAUUCUAGGUCUUUUGGGUCCAAAUGGAUCAGGUAAAUCAACAACUUUUAAUAUUUUAACAUCAUUAAUAAAUAAAAGUGGUGGUUUUGUUAAAAUAAAGAAUAAAGAAGUUCAUAGAGGAAAACAUGAAAUAUUUUAAGACGUAGGUAUUUGUCCAUAAUUUGAUUGUAUUUGGGAGAAUCUAACACCAAAAGAACAUUUAUAUUUAUUUGGUAGAAUGAAAGGAUUAUCUGGAGAAGAUUUAACAGAGUCAGUUACAUACUUUUUAUAAACAAUGCAAUUAGAAGAAUAUAUUAAUAGAUAAAGUGGAAGAUUAUCAGGUGGAAAUAAAAGGAAAUUAUGUGUUAGUAAUGCUUUAAUAGGAGGACCCUGUAUUUAAUUUUUUGAUGAACCAAGUACAGGAGUAGAUCCAAUAGCAAGAAGAUUUUUAUGGAGAACUUUAAAAUUAGGUGUUUAACUUAGAUAAAGUAGUGUUAUGUUAACUACUCAUACUAUGGAUGAAGCUGAAAAUUUAUGUGAUAAAAUUGCAAUCUUAGUAGCAGGAUAAGUUUAUUGUUUGGGUAGUCCUUAAGAAUUAAGAAUUAAAUAUGGAGAUGGUUAUGAUAUAUAAUUAAGAGAGUAUAAAAAUAGAUAAGAAAUUAAUUAAUUCUUAAAAAGACAAUUCUAGGAUAUCACUGAAAUAGAACAUAAAGAUUAAGAUAAUUUAUAAUUUCAUGUAAUCUAAUUUUAUUUAUUCUUUUUUAGAUUCCAAGUUAAACAUUUGAUUUUCAUAAAGCCUAUUUCUCUUUGACAGAACUAGUCUAAAAGAAAUUGAUCAAUGAUUUCUCAAUCAAUUAAUCAUCUUUAGAAUCAGUAUUUCUUCAAUUUUCUAAAACGCAAAAAGAAUAAUUAAGUUGA